GAUGUCUCAAAAUGUCAAGGCUUGUUUGAUAUCAAGGCAGAGAGGGCGUUUGAUCGAGAGGGCGUUGGUGUACAGCGAAUUUUUUAAGAAAACUUGUAAAUCACGGCUUCCUCCGUGUUGUGAACUGUUGUGAACCAUUACAAGAAUACUGAAGAAUACCGGAUACCGGUUUUUACAAUGUUACCUUGACAUAAUUACCGUUAACGCACCUUCACACAUUGAAUGUAUCGUUGUUGUAUAGUUGUAUAUCUAAUUGAUUAUCGUAUUUAUUAUUGCUCAUUGAAAUGGAGGCCGAUUUUGAUGUUAUUGAUGACAGCACGGAUGAGAACAUAGCAAGCGACGAAACCGUCGGUGUGGUUCUGGAAGAAGCAGAGAUAGUUGACUGCGAUACUGAUAUGAAUCUUGAGGAUGAUGACAUACGGUAUCACUUGUAUGCAGUAAAUAGAGAUGACAAUGCAGUGGAAUACAAAGUUAUGCAUGUUAGCAACAAUGACAGAGAGGGCAAUGAACUAUCGAUAGCCACCUCUGUGAAUAGUACUGUCCAAGUUUUGUCUACUCCAUUGAAUGCACAAUUAUACGUACUUAGCAAUGGCAAUGAAAUUAUAACGUCAGACUCUGCUGGAACCGUUAUACCUAAUGUAACCAAACUACAGAUAGAAGGAUCACAAAAUAUUUUAUCCACAAAGAAAAAGAGGACCGACAGACGAAGAGUAGUACAUAAUGAAGUUGAAAGGCGUAGAAGAGAUAGAAUUAGCAAUUGGAUUUCUAAGUUGGCGAAGCUUUUAGCAGACUGCGAACUUAGUUCUGACCAGAGUGUGGAAAAAGAGGGAAAUGUGAAACUGAAUUUGGAAGCACAAAGCAAAGGGGGUAUACUAGAGCGAGCUUACGAGUAUAUUACGGAUUUAAGGGAAACACCGGACAAACUAGUUCAGAGUUUGAAUGAUAGUGCACAAUUGACAGAAGAAGUCAAGAAUCUUCAACAAGUAGUGAAUCAAUUAAAAGACGAAAAUUUACAAUUAAGAGCCCAACUUUUAAAACAAGGAAACAUAAUGAUACUCGGCACUUAAAUUUUUAUAAGGAUUUUAGGAUGUUCAUGUCUUGUGUUGCUAAUAUAUAUAAUCAUAUAUCUUUAUGUGAAAAAUGAAAGAACACAUAGACAAAAUAUAAUAGUUAUAAAAUGUUUAUUUACAUGUAUGUGACUCAAUAUAUAUAUGUGUAUAUACAUAUACAGUGUUUGGCAACAGGUUGGAGAAAAUACCAGGAAUGAUUUUUAUGAGGAUACAGUAAGACGCAAAUCAAGAAUAAAAACUGCAAUUAAUAAUACUUUGGUUUUUAAUUAUAAAUGUGUAAACAUUUAUAUAAACAGUACUUAAAAAACAUAGAAAUAUAAUUAAAAGAAUAAAAUUUGAAAUUAUUUUUUAUUCUCGUUUUCUUUUAUCUAGAAUCACUUCUUUUCUCUCACCUACUGCUGACCAACACCCUGUAUAUAUGCAUAUAUGUAUAUGCUCGCGUAUUUGAAAAACAAUGACAAUCAUAUUAUAUAACAUUCUAUUGUACAUACAUAUUGUAAACAAUAAUUAUAACACGAACAAUCGAUCUUGUAAUGAAUCAUCGUCAAGAUGAUUAAAUCAAAGAGAUAUACAAAUAUACAAAAUGAUAUUACUGUUUAA